UUCAAUUUUAUACUUCAAACGAGAAUUUAAAGAAAUAUACAAAUGUUUAAUAGAUCUAGGAUAUGUACAGCCUUAGUUUAAAAUUCAUGAUUGUAAAUCUUUUUAAUGAGGUCAUUUCUAAGAGAACAAACAGAAAUCAGCAUCUGCUGCAUUGAUAGCGCUGUAAAUAUCCACAUGUAACAUAUAUAUAUUGCAGUAUUGGACUUUUGGACAUACAUACACAUACAAAUGUCAUGUAUGUAGUCUGCAACAAAAAGUUAUGAAUUUGAAGUGAUCAACUAUGGAAAAUGAAUUAACUAAGCGUGACCAUAUUGGUGUGCAGGAUUUUGUCUUACUUGAGGAUUAUGAACACCCUGAAGCCUUCGUAGAGAACUUGAAGAAAAGAUUUACAGAAAAUCUUAUUUAUACUUACAUAGGACCAGUUCUAGUAUCAGUUAACCCAUACCAUCAGUUAGAUAUCUACAACGAUGAAAUUAUACAAACAUAUAGAAAUGUCAACUUCUAUGAGUUGCCACCACACAUAUAUGCUAUUGCUGAUGCCGCCUUUAGAACCAUGCGAUCAGAGACCCGUGAUGUUUGUGUCCUUAUUUCUGGAGAAUCCGGUGCAGGAAAGACAGAGGCUUCUAAGAAGAUUUUACAUUAUAUAGCAGCCAGCAGUGUUCACUCAAAAGAUCUAGAGAGAGUAAAGGAACGCCUUCUGCAGUCAAAUCCUUUAUUAGAGGCCUUUGGAAAUGCUAAAACAAACAGAAAUGACAAUUCCAGUAGAUUUGGGAAGUACAUGGACAUACAGUUUGAUUUUAAGGGAGGUCCAGUAGGGGGACAUAUAUUGAACUACCUUUUGGAGAAGUCCAGAGUUGUGCAUCAUUCAGAAGGGGAGAGGAAUUUCCAUAUAUUCUAUCAGCUGGUCCAGGGAGCCACACCCAUGUUACUGAGUAAACUGAAGAUUCAAAAAGACCCUGAGUUGUACCAUUACUUAAAACAGGGAAACAGUACAAAAGUAGAUUCUUUGAAUGACCAUAAAGAUUUCCAUGCUGUGAAAAUAGCCAUGGAAGUUUGUGACUUCUCCAAACAAGAUCAAGAUGCUGUGUUUUCUAUAGUUGGAUCAGUUUUACACUUGGGUAAUCUAAAGUUUGAGGACACGAAAGAUGGACAAGCAUAUAUUUGUGAUAAAGCUCCAGUAGAAAUCAUUUCACAGUUACUGGGAUGUCCUGAAGAGAUAUUGGUCUCUGCCUUACAGAACAAAACUAUUGAAGCUAAUGGAGAAAAGUUGAAAUCCUCAUUAACAAAGGAACAAGCCUUGUAUGCCAGAGAUGCCUUGGCCAAGGGAGUGUAUGACAGAUUGUUUACUUGGAUUGUCCAGAAAAUCAAUGAAUCAUUGAGUAGUAGGAGAAGAUCUAAAUGUAAUCUGAUGGGAUUGCUAGAUAUUUAUGGUUUUGAAAUAGUUGGUGUUAAUAGUUUUGAACAAUUUUGUAUUAACUUCUGUAAUGAGAAAUUACAACAGCUAUUUAUAGAACUGACAUUAAAAUCAGAACAAGAGGAGUACCAGAGAGAAGGAAUUGAGUGGGAACCAGUACACUAUUUUAACAACAAAAUAAUAUGUGAUCUUGUGGAAGGUAAACCGAUUGGUAUCAUCACAUUGCUGGAUGAGGAAUGUUUAAGACCAGGUGAUACUACUGAUAUAACAUUCCUAGACAAACUAUCUGAGACUAUUGGGACACACCCACAUUUCCUGUGCCAUGCAAGAGCAGAUAACUCUACCAGGAAGACCAUUGCCAGAGAUGAGUUUAGACUCAUCCAUUAUGCUGGGGAAGUAACAUAUAAUGUCAAAGGUUUCUUAGAUAAAAACAAUGAUCUGCUGUUUAGAGAUUUAAAAGAGGCUAUGAGUGAGACAUCCAAUCCUAUUUUGUCCAAAUGUUUCCCUAAAUCAGAGUUGUACAACAAGAAGAGACCAGAUACUGCAGGGACCCAGUUUAAAAAUAGUUUGUCACAGCUGAUGGUUAUAUUGAUGUCAAAAGAACCUUCAUAUGUCAGAUGUAUUAAACCUAAUGACUUCAAAAUGAGAGGUGUUUUUGAUGAGAGAAUUGUGCAUCAUCAGGUGAAAUAUUUAGGUCUAAUGGAGAACCUUAGAGUAAGGAGAGCUGGCUUUGCUUACAGGAGACCUUAUGAAGUCUUUCUCAGAAGGUAUAAAUGUUUAUGUCCAGAGACAUGGCCUCACUACAGAGGUUCAGCCAAGGAUGGUGUAGAGAUAUUGGUACAACAUCUAGACUAUGAUCCAGAGGAGUUCAGACUUGGCAAGACAAAGCUGUUUAUAAGAUUUCCUAGAGUACUGUUUGCAACAGAAGAUGCCUUCCAGCACAGAAAACAUGAUUUAGCGACAGCUGUGCAGGCACAGUACAGAGGGUUUGCACAGAAGAAGAAAUACAAAAAACUUAGAUCUUCAACUAUAAUAUUGCAGAGCUACUGGAGGAGAUAUCAAGCCAAGAAACUGAUGGAGAAAAGAAAACAUGCUACACAAGUUAUACGCAAAUUUAUCAAUGGAUUUAUACACAGAAAGGAAGCAGAAUGUGAUGAGAACAGAGAAUUUAUACAGUGUACAAAACACAAUUAUCUCUAUAAAAUACAACGGAAUCUACCGAAAACUGUUCUAGACAAAAGCUGGCCAUCUGCACCAUCCCUUUUACAAGAGGCAUCAUCCUUACUUCGAACAUUGUGUAUGAAAAACCUUAUAUUGAAAUAUAUGAAGAAGGUCACACCUGGCUAUAAAUCAAAGAUGGAAGAAAAGGUAGAAGCAGAAUCUCUAUUUAAAGGAAAAAAAUCCUUGUAUGCUGACAGUGUCAAAAAUAUGUUUGAAGACAGCAGAUUAGAUGAACAUCAUGAAAGAUUGAUCUCUUCAGUGUUUGAUUCCAAGGUUAAGUCCAUGGAAGAGAAGGUCAAGUACUCUUCUGUAGUAACAAAGUUUGAUCGUCAUGGUUACAAACCCAGAAAGAGACUGAUGAUAUUAACAGACAAACAUCUAUAUUUAGUAACAGAUAAAGACUGUGCACUAAAAGACAAAAUACAGUAUGAUCAGAUCACAGGUAUAUUAUCCAGUUGCCAUGGUGAUGGAUUGUUUAUUGUAACUGUAAGCCCUGACGAAAAUGGAGUAAAGGGUGAUUUGAUACUUAGAAGUGAGGAAGUUAUUGAGGUUAUAACAAAGCUUGCCAUGAUAGGAAAGAAAUCAGACGUUGUGCAAGUCAUCAGUGAUCAGAGCAUUAGCCAUGGGCUUUCUGGUGGUAAAGCUGGAACUAUAGACUUUGUUAAAGGUCCAGUUGAUAGUAUGAAGAAAGGCAAAAAUGGACAUUUUUGUGUGAUUGUUGCACAUUAAUUCAAAGAAAUAAUAUAGGAGCAAUUUCAAAAGAGCUGAAUCUAAAGAAUUCCUGUGGAUAAAUUCCUUGCCAGCAGCAUCAAGAAGAUUUAUAUUGUUUAUUGUUCUAGUCCAGCAUUAGUGUAAAACAAGACAUUCAUGUGUUUUUGGCAGUCAUAGCCACCUUGAAAGACUGUAAUGUUAUUCAAGUAACUAUUGGUAGGAAUCAAUUACUGUAAAAGUACUCCAUCUUUUUCUUUAACCAAUCAUGGGUACCAGUUUUGUUAGUACUUUUAAGAUCUUGUAGUUGUUGUUUUAGUUGAAAUGGGAUUUUUGAUUUGUGGUUUCAGGUUCGAAAAAUUAAAAAUUUUGUGUGACUCUUUAGAUAUUAAAAGAUAUAAGAAUUCUUUAUUUUGAUGAACUUUGAAUCCAUGAAAAAUUGAUUCUCUGUAAAUUGAAAUACUUUUACAGGAAUCCAUAUGUAAUUUGUCAUUUGUUGUAGGUCAUUGAAUUGUUACCGUAGUCAUUUAUACAGCUGUCAAACUUGUAAAGUAAUACAGUUGAAUCUUGUUAUUUUGUCCCCCAAACAAGUCUGCUUUUCAUUUACUUAAGAUUAAAUGAAUAGACGUUUUAAGGACGGAAGAAAUAACUUGACCACACUACAUAUGUGAAAAAAAAUAUUUGUGCAGCAUGUCUUAUUUUUGCCUCAAUGUGGUUUAGUCUUUGUUCAUUAUAUAAUGUAUUGAUUUCGUAAUUCAGUUUUUCGUUGAUGAACACUUAGAGUAAAAAUAUGAUGACUGCAGCCAAUAUUUCCAUGUUUAAAAAAUUGCAGGUGCUUGUUGAUGUUUACUUGCCACUGUAUUCACACAUUUAAGAUCCACUUUAUUGUGUUCAUUGAAAUAUAGGGCUCAGGAGUCGGUUUCACAAAAAAACUUACGAGUAAGAUUGAUCGUAAGUAUACUGAAUUAUUUAUGACUUACAAUCAAUCUUAGUCGUAAGUUUUUUUGUGAAACCGACUCCUGUGCUCUACCUAAUGAAAAAUAAAAAAAUUGAAAUAUGAAUUGGUAAUCAUUUAUUAUUUAUUACAUUUAACUUUACCAUCUCAAUUUUGAAAUAUAGACGAACAUUUUUUUGUGUGUAAAUUUAUUAAUAUUCGUUUUUCGAAGAUUUCAAGAUUUUUGAUAAUUAUCAUUGAUAAACAUGGCUUAUAGAUGAUUUAUUACCAUAGUAAUUUGUAAAAUUGUCAGUUGAAUUAGUACUGAAAACUUUCCUAUAUGUUAUUACCAUCAAAAGUAAUCAGAUUUAAAAAAAACCAAAACAACAUUUUGUUAUUAAAGGCAAAAAUAACUGCGUUUACACCUUGAAAGUUAUGCACAGUGCAGACAAACCAGUUGGACUAGAAAAUGUUUAAGGCAGGACCUAGAUAUGUAUAAAUGUUGAGUGAUUUUGUGUUUCAUAAUUAUAUAAUUUCUUGGAUUUACAGUUCAUUGCAAAAGAUGGUUAAAUAAAUAUGCAUCUGAAUUGGUUCAACUGUCAGCUGUUUAGAUAAACUAUUGUUGUGCAUAUAUUUACAGUAAUGCUAUAAUAAUACAAUAAAAUACAAUUAUUACCUGAGAAAACAUCUAAAAAAUUGUACCCUACUCAGUUUAUAUUGAUGCCUUCUGUAGUAAUAAGAAAACAAAUGCACUUUAAAAACAGGAAUUUUUAAAAAGUUUUUUGAAACGCAAAAUACUUUAAUAAUUUAUACAUUUAGGUUCUUCUAUUCACACUUUUCCAGUUUCACACUUUUGUCUGCACGCAGUAUACAUUUUGUAGUGCAAAUAUAACAAUUUUUGCCAAAAGACUACGAUGAACCUUAGCAUUUCACAGAAAGUACGUUAUAGAUUACUCUGUAGUUCAUAACUUAUUAGAAUAUUACAUUAUUUUAUUAAGUCUAGUCACCAAACUUUUCUUUCCAAAUCUAAGAGAGUUAAUUCUUUAAAGUGAAUUAUUUGUAUAACUUCAGUAGUAUCACCUGAUUUGGUGUAGUUUAACUGGUGCAGAAUUAUUUAUAUAUAUAGAUUGUACCACUUAUCGAGUGUGAUACGAUAUUUAUCCACUAGAGACCGUUAAAUUUUGAAAAUUGUCAAGAGUGGAUAAAUAUCGUAUUGCACAAGAUUUGGUGGUGGAAUCUAAUGAUUUUUUAAUGAUAUGCCCUUCCUUUCGAAUGAUCUGCAAAAAGAUGUGUUCUUUCUAUGUGAUGUCAUUAGGCAUGGUCGCCUUUUUUCAUGAAGUCACAAUAGGAAAUUCAGAGGAAAGCAAGAAAAUAGAAUUUUGACCAAUGAAGAACAGAGAUCAAAACAACCACACGUUGAUUAAAUAAAAAUAAUCAAGAGGUCAGGAAAAGGAUAAAUCUUGUAAGAAUUAGUGAAAUAUAUAUAUAUUAUUUCGAUCAAUACUAGUCUAAGAUAUAUUUGUAUUUAUCAGUUUCCUUGCAUGAAUUGAAGUUUUACAUUUGUUAUAAUUUGACAACCUUGGCUUUUAUGUUAAUUUGUAUAAUCUAUAAAUAUUUUCAUCCACUUAUUUGCUAGGUUUCACAUUUGAAUUGGUGCAUUAAAAUUUCUACGACAUAUUGUGCAAUUAAUUGUGAUACUGUUAUUGGUUAAAUGUAUAUUUGUAUAGAAACAUUGUGUUCAUUUGCAAUAAGGAUCUCAUCAAGAGGCUGAACAUGAUGAAUAAAAUGAUGAUCAUAUUUAUUCUUUCACCAAACACACUGACAUUUUCUGAAAAGUUGUGAGUUGUAAAAAUAGAAUAUGAUAAUUUUACAUGAAAAGCCAUUCAACGCUGCUCAUGACAGUGUCUUACAGUGAAAAGUUCAGGUUCACAACAGAAAUGAUAUUAAGAUGGUGGAUUUAGUCUCAGUAUAUUGUAGCUUACCAGAUAUUGUUGGGAGCCUCCAUAUAUUUUUUCAAAAGAGGUAGGACCAAUUUCUCCUGUAUUUGUUUCAAUCACAGGGUCGAACUCUAAAAGUUUUUAAAUCCUACUGGAAAUUAGAACUACCUCAUAAAAAAAACCCAACACCAUAAGCCAAUUCUAACUUUGAAGUCUAAUAUUCCAAUUUGAAAAAGAAAAGAAAAAAAAGAAUAUUAAGAGGAAGAUUGAAACAGGUAUCAGAAGUUGACAACUAUGUCUACAACCACAAGAUGUCAAUCAUCUUCAAAAUAUUUACUAUGCAAGGUGAUUUAUAAAAAGAUAUUCCUGAUCUAUUCAACCUGUGCAGAUGAAUAGCUAAAGUAAAUAUUCGCUGUGUAUUUUUAUAAUGCUUAAUAGUUAUAAUUGUUAUGUAAUAUACUUUGUAAAGUUUGUAAAAUUUGAUGUAUAUUCUGUGAUAAAUGUUCUUUGUGGCAUUUGUAUAAAUCGUUUGAUGAGAGAGAAUAUUAUGUAUAUUGUGUGAUUAAUGUAUUUUGUGGUGUUUGUAAAAAAAUCAUUUGAUAAGAAAAAAUUGAUGUAUAUUCUGUGAUCCUUCCCAUAAUGUGAUUCUCAAUUUAAAAUGAAUUUUUAGUAUGUGAUCUGUGAUUUCAUUGUGGUGCUUUGUAUAUUUAUAUUUUGUUGUAAAUUAUGAAUAUAUAUAUUUACACAUAUAUUAAUUUAUUAAAUUUGAAAUUUAAAAAAAA